AUGGAGGAGAAGGUAGAUUACAUGCUGAAAAUGAUUGAUCAAGAUGGAGAUUCAUUCGCCCAAAGAGCGGAAAUGUACUAUAGAAAAAGACCAGAAAUCCUCAGUUUUGUCGAAGAUUUCUUCCGAGGUUACAGAGCCUUAGCUGAAAGAUACGAUCAUCUUUCACGAGAACUCCAAAGUGCAAACAGAACAAUUGCAUCAGUCUGCCCGGAACAAAUCAAUCUCAGGAUAGAUGAAGAAGAUGAUAAUCAACAACAUGAUGAUAAUAAUAAUAAUAAACCAUACUCAACUUAUCCACCCACAUCACCAAACGCGAAACCAAUACCAAACGCUCCCAAAACGCCACGUAAAUUCCAAAAGAUGCCGUCUAGAUUAAUGUCGAAGAAAGGAUUACUAACCAAACCCAAUCAAAUCGAUGAGACCCCACCUGUUUCAUCUGGGCUGACCAAAGAAGAAGCACUUAUUGAAAUCGACUCUCUUCAGAAGACUAUAUUGGGUCUGCAGACGGAAAAGGAAUUCAUUAGGAGCACUUACGAAAGAGCUGUAUCUGUUUGUGAGGAGAUUGAAGAAAGGUUUACUGAAAUGCAAAGGAAAGUCAACAGUCUGCAAGAUGAAUUUGGGAUUGGGACGUUCAUUGAAGAUGAUGAAGCGCGAAAACUGAUGGUGGCUUCUGCUAUGAAAUCUUGUCAAGAUGCUCUUCUAAGAGUGCGUCAGAAACAGGAGAAGCUGUCUGAGGAAGCGAUAAUGGAGCAUCAACGAAUUAUCCAAGCUCGAGAAAAGAUUGGAAUUCUGAAAGGGAAUGAAUCAGAUCCGGAAACGGAGAACCGGGACUUUGAGUUACUUAGAGACAAUAUCAAAACACAGUUACUUGAUGGAUCUUGCACUUCUGUCACAAUGUCUGAAUUAGCUGAAAAGCUAGAUGAGCUUGUGGAUAAGGUUAUUGUAUUGGAAUCAGCUGUUUCCUCUCAGAAUGCUUCGGUAAACAGACUAAGAACCGAGGCUGAUGAACUCGAAGAAGCCAUCAUCAAGGGGAGUCAAAAUCUGGAGGUGGAAUUUGAAAGAAUUGAAAAUUUGGACAAAAACGUCAAAACCCAGAAUGUGAAUCUCCAGAUUCAUCUUAUUGAAGCAAGUUGCAGCUAUGAUCACCUGUCUGAUAAGUUACAGACAGUGAAGCCUGAUGAUGACAACGUUAUGUUCAUGGAAGCAAGAGCUGCUCCUCCUUCUGUUAAGCCUGUCCAAUUACCUCAACUUUCAAUUGAAGAAAAGAUUGUCAAUUUAAUGAGACCAACCAGUCAUCAUCAAAGGAAUCAAGCGAUAAUUGAUCAGAAAAGCGAUUCGAACGGGGGAUCUAAGGAUGAUGAUAUGAUAUAUAGCCUAAAUCCUUUCAUUAGCAGUGAUGAGAGUGUUGGACAGUUCAAAGAAGAUGUUGUUCAUUCGGAGGCUUUUUCGCAGAAGGGUGAUCAAUGGGUAGAUUUUUCAGGAAAUUUUGAUUCUCAUAGCCAUCAUCAAGCAAUCAUUGAAGAUCCUGUAGAAACUAAAUCAAAUCUUACCCACCAUGAGAAGGAACAAGAUAAGAAACAGAAAGAAGACGAUAAUCAACAGUUUCCUUAUAGUUCUACAGCCAACCACCGUGAUGAGAAUGCUAUUCAAGUUGAUGAAUUGUCCAAUGAACCAGAUAAGAAACAGGAAGAAGACGAGAAACAACUGUUUCCUUAUAAUCCUACAGCCAACCACAAUGAGAAUACAGUUCAAGUUGAGGAAUGGUUCAAGGAACAAGAUAAGAAGCAACAAGAAGAGAAUAAACAAGAGUUUCCUUUUAAUCCUGUAACAAACCACCAUGAGAAUACCAUUCAUGUUGAGGAUUGGUUCAAGGAACAAGACGAUAAACAGCAGGUUCAUCACAGUCCUGCAACCAACCACAAUGAUCUCUCAGAGGAGAAGGAUCAGGUGUCUGGAAUCAAAAAAUCUAAUAAUAAGGAAAUGGAAGGUGGAGAUAAAACUGAAGAUGGAGAUGAUGAUCCGAAUUGGAGGGAACUAUUCUUAAGUGGAUUAGAUGACAGAGAGAAGAACCUUCUAAAAGAAUACACAUCAGUCCUGAGAAACUUCAAGGAAGCCAAGAAGAAACUUAGCGAAUUAGAGAAGAAGAACAAUGAUAGCCUCUUCAAGACAAGUAUGCAGAUUAAAGAUCUAAAGAACGACAACGCCUUAAAGGAUGCAGAAAUCAAGUCUUUACAUCAGAAACUCGGCUUGCUCCAAUCAUGCCUGGACGAAACUCCUACAGAUAGGGAACAAGUUCCUGAAUUGCUUCUUGUUGAAGAAGAAGAACAACAACAACAACAACAACAUCAAUGCAUUCAAUCUCCACCCAUUGAUCUUGAAAAGGAAGAAGACGGGAAGAUGGUCUUAGUCGAUGAACCCCUUAGUAGUUACGAACCUCGUAGUAGUAAUUCAAUAAUAGAAGAGAAAUUCCGAACUGACAUCGAUGGACUACUAGAGGAGAACAUAGAGUUUUGGUUAAGAUUCAGCACCUCUUUUCACCAGAUAACAAAAUUUCAGACAUCAGUGCAGGAUCUGCAAGCGGAGUUUUUGAGAAUCAAGAAACAUAUAAAGCAAGAAGGAGGGCACAACAAGAAUCAUACAGUUAAUUCAGAUCUCAGGCCAGUAUACAAGCACCUGAGGGAGAUACAAACUGAGUUGGCACUCUGGGUGGAGCAUAAUUCAUUGUUGGAAGAUGAUCUGCAAAACAGAGUCACAUCUCUUGGAGAGAUUCAACAAGAGAUAGUUAGGGUUUCAAAUUCCAACGAAGAAUCGAAAGAGGAAGGUGUUGUUGUUGAGCUAAACGGAUACCAGGCAGCGAAAUUCCAAGGGGAAGUUAUUAACAUGAAACAAGAGAACAAUAAAGUUGUACAAGAGUUGCAAGCUGGGCUUGAUCAUGUGAAGGAGCUUCAAGUUGAUAUCACAAGAACAAUAUCAGAACUAGAAGAAGCAAUUGGAAUCACUGGAUCAAAAGGUAAGAGUUCGAGAUCUAAAAUUCCAUUAAGGUCUCUGUUGUUUGGUGCUCGACUUAGAAAGCAGAGGCCAAGCCUUUUUCAAUGCUUGACACCAACAUUGCAGAAACAGUAUAGUGAUCUAGGAUCACCACCGUCUCCUCCACCACCCCCUCCGCCUUCUUCAUCUUCAUAA